CCUAGUCUUGCCACUGGUGAUAUGUUCGAGGAGGAGGAAAGUGAGGAGACCCUUUUGCACAAUAAUACAUCCAGGGCCUUUACUUCAAAGUAUUUGAGGAGAUACAGUGGUGGUCAUACUUGUAGAAUAUGCAAAAAAUCAUCAAAAUCGAAGAACAAUGUGAUUACAAAGUUGUUUUCUGUAAAAACAUGCGAAAAAGGUUCUCUUCGAAAACAGUUUUUCUGUGAACAGCACAAGCCAGAAACUCCAUUUAGCAUUGAAGAUGCAAUCAUGAAGGAACACAAUUAUGCCUAUAUUCCUGGAAAAUAUGAUGCAGAGCGAUUUAAGUUGAACCAAGAAUACAUUUGGAAAUUAGAAAAUCAGGUGUCAAGUUUAGAAAAACAAAGUUCAUUGCAAAGUCAAGCAAAUCAAAUAUUAGAAGACACGUGUUUUAUGAACUUUUACACUACAUUUGAUGAUAAGCAGUGGUUUUUACAAUGUAUGGAUGUUAUUUUGGAAUUUAGUAAAAAUGCACCAAAAAACCUUAAAAUGCAGGAUAUUCCCAAAGGUCCUUGGACUAAGGAUUUUAGAUCUUUUCCCAAAACAUUUUCUGAACAAAAAUUACUGUCUUAUAAGGAAGUAAAAAAGGAGGGUUCUGUAAAGCACCAUCUUUUGGGAUAUAGAAUGUUCAAAGCUUCAAAAGUAAGUGAUAUUUACUUACAUUAUUCGAUAAAUUCGGUUUUAGUAAAAGCUAAUGUUGAAGCAACUAUGAAAAGACAAAGAUACCUUUGCCAUAUACAUAUAGAUAAUUUUGGAAUUGUGGGAAGAGAAAAAUGUGGUUGUAUGGGAGGAAUAAGUGGCCGAUGUAAACACAUAUUUGCAGUGCUUUAUCAGCUUCUGGACCAUCUUAGAGAGGAGCGAACUAAUGUUUUGGAUGAACCAGUUCCUCCAACAUCACAGCCCAGAACAUGGAGUACUGGGUCUGAUCGCCAAGUUGUGAAACAACAAUUUCAUGACCUUAAAUUCAAUAAACCUGAUCCAAACAAACCUAAUAAAAGAGCUGCAGCAAUUCAGGAAUGUAGGACAACGUUUAAUAGGCAUCAUCUAGAAAAUAACCUCUCACCUAUUAUUAUCAAAGAGUUUGCAGAAUCUUUAGAGAAGAAUAAUUUAACCAUGUUUAGUGAAGUACUUGCAAGUCAUAAUUAUGAACCCAUAUCCAUAAAGCUUCCAAAUAAUCCAACAAAUAAAAAUGAGUGUGACAGUUUAAAGAGACCAAAAGAAUUGCCUCUGCCACUAAAAAUUAAUUGGAUAUGGUGCCAAGAGUAUCUAAAAGUAGUUUUUUGUGAAUCUUUGCCAAAUAUAGAUUUUAUUAAUAAUGUGAGUCUGUCUUUGGAUGACUGCAGAUUUUUAGAAGUUGAAACAAGAAACCAAAGUUCUUCCAGCAGAUGGCAUUUGGAAAGAAAAAAACGCAUCUCAGCUUCUAAAUUUGGUGCUAUUAUUAAAAGGACUAUUCCAGUUACAAUUCAACUGAUUAGCAGAAUUUGGCCAAGCACAGGGUUUAAAAGUGCAAUGAUGCAGCAGGGUCUUAUCAAUGAAACUGCAGCAGUGUCGAAAUAUAAAGAUUUAUACCCAAAUGUUGAUGUGUUCACAUGUGGCCUGUGCGUCAACCCUGGAAUUCCUUUUUUAGCAGCAUCGCCUGAUCGCCUUGUUUAUGAUCCUGAAGAAAACACUGUGAAUCUGCUUGAAAUUAAGACUUUGGUUAAAAGUGGACUCUUAGAAAACCAGCAGGUUCUAGAAGCUUUUUCAAAAGGCUCGGUUUCAUAUCUAGAACUGUAUAAUGGAAAUCUACAGCUAAGAAGGAACCAAGAUUUCUUUUUUCAGGUUCAAGGCCAAAUGGCUAUUACAGGUAUUGGGAUUUGUGAUUUUUUAAUCGACAGUGGCAGCGAUUUUUUUGUUGAAAGAAUCGAUUUUGAUGAGCGCUUUUGGAUCCAACAAUGUUUACCUAAGUUAACAAGAUUUUUUUUUCAGUACUUUCAAUAA